GAUUUCCAUUGGGGCGGGCCUGGAAAAGUUAUUCAGCAUAUUUUACCUACUAAAAAAAAAAAAUACAUUUUUUAUGAACAAAAACGCAGGUACACUAUGCCAGAUCGAUCAAAUCAACGUUGGUUUGUCAUCGCAACUCUGGCUUCGUGGAACUUAAUGAGUGGUUUCGGUUUCUACGCCUACAUUCUGGAUUGCUAUGUAAAUUAUCCAUUUGAUCACCAGAGACGUCAGUUCAAAUAUCACACUUUUGCCGGAACUAUUGACAAAGAUGUUGUUAUGGGAAUCACUGUCGUAAUGCUAUGUCAGAUAGUAUCUUCGAUUCUACUAUGCUUUGCAUUAGAUGAGAAGAAAAGAACAUGUCUUAUUUACGGAAUUUUCAUUAGCCUAACUUUUCCGUGUGUCUGUCUCCCAGUUUGGCCAUUAGCUGUAACACAUGUCAGUCUUGUUUUGGUAGUGCUGAGUUAUUACUUUGAGUAGUUUAGAAAAUGUUGUAAAAAAUUGU